AUGGCUGACUUUAUCGAGGUUUAUUCUACCGUUCCAGCGGAGCUGCUGACACUUUUAAACAACAAAUUGCCUUACACCUUACCCCUCCUGCGCCGACUACAAUUCACUAAUUUGGAAGGGGGACUACGAGAAACAGCAAGAAUCAUUCUUUCAGCGGACUCCAAACUGAAUGAUGAGGAGUCCCCAGAGAGAUUCACGGCCAUGUAUAUUGACGUGGGGGGUGGUCCUGACACACAGGCAUGGAUCUACUCGACCUACGAACACCCCGACCAAGCUACGACGAGUGACACAGCCAUCUACGAGAAGCAGCUCGACAAGAUUGUGCAAGAGAGUAUCAAGAUUGCAAAGGAUUACGGCCGAGAACUUGUAUAUGGUGAUGCUGUCUUGCUUGGAACGCUUCAUGACUCUGUUCGUGAGCUUCUGUACAAAACAGGGCGAGUAGAACCGCGCGAAACAGGAGCAUACGACAAGUGGCUAUUCAAGUACGAGGAUAUACCAAAGAACGAAGUAGAGUUGCCCGAGGGUAUGAAAUGGGGGGUGGCAACGGAGGAUGACUGUCGGAUUGUCAUCUCGCGAACUGAUAUCCCCAGGACUGUACAAGUCCUGCGUCGUAUGCCAAGUUUGAUGAUCAAGCUCGAGGAUGGGACUCCUGUGUCUUGGGCUUUUCUGGGUUUCGACGGUUCACUGAUCAGUCUUCACUGUGAAGAACCAUAUCGUCGACGAGGACUCGCCAAGACACUCGCUGCAAAGCUGUUCCGUGAAAAAUCCCUUGACUUUGCGGAUGAUGGCUGGUGUUGCGCAGACGUGGCGCCUGAGAAUGAUGGGAGUAGGGGGAUGUGUAAGAGCUUGAAUGGAAAGCCGUACUGGAGGAUUUCAUGGGUGUUGCUCUACGUUGGGGAAAAAGUACCAAGUCAGAAAAACAGCACAGGAUGA